AUGGGGGUUUGGGAGGAUAGCGGUGACAUGGAUAGUAUGUGGGAUAGGGCUGUGGGAUGCAUCAAAGAAUCUGCUAAAGAAGUGUUGGGUGUCUCGAGGGGUUGGUCGGGCCGUUAUCGAGGGGAUUGGUGGUGGAAUGAAGAUGUUAAGAAGAAGGUGGAGACAAAGAAGACGGCUUAUGUUAAGUUGGUGGAGAGUAGGGAUGAAGAGGAGAAACGGGUCAGCGAGGCUAUUCGCAAGAUGCGAAGGGGCAGGGCGACGGGGCUCGACGAGAUUCUGGUGGAUUUUUGGAAGUUUUCUAGCGUGGCUGGGUUAAGGUGGCUGACCAACCUGUUUAACAAUAUUUUCAAGUCCGUGAAGAUGCCUGAGGCGUAG